UAUCAAUAGUUUUAAAAAUGACACAGCUGUCGGAAGAUUUAAGGAAGUUGGCGCAAGAUCAUCAACCGGAGCCCGAGUCUUCGAGUCAAAAUCUUCUAAGCAAAUAUGGAAUACCAAUACAAAAUCUGGAUUUCGCAUACAUCAACAAAUGCGAAAAUGUUAAAGAGUUACGAAAAAUAUACGAAAUUUUGCAAUCCGGCGAAGAGGGAUAUUAUCCACAGCUGAUGAAAUGUGCUGAAGACCGAUUGGCACUACUUAAUCCAAACUGCGACCUAUUAAGAAAGAAAUGUCCAAUAAUUAAUUUACAUGAGUUAGACUCAGAGGAGCAAAAAGCGAUAUCUUCAGAUUUGAAAGAUUGGCUUAACGAUAUCUCCAGAAACAACAAAGAGCUGGAAAAUCGUAAAUCCAACACAAUACAUUGUGAUACUGAUGUUAGACAAUGCAAAGAUUUAAAAUUUAAUCAAUUGAACAACAAACCAAGCCAGAAACGUAUAAACUCCACUGAUUACCAAUCUUGGGAUAAAUACGACCCCGAUACGGAGAUUAUGAAACAAGAGUUGGAGGAAGAAAGACUUAAAAAGGAAAUGAAACAAAAGGAAGAGGAGGCUAAGGCAAAACCGAAAAAAUCUAUUACGUUCAAUAAAUUUUCUACCGAAGCUGAAGCAAUUUUUAUGUCGAAUCGUGAGAGGGAAAAGGGUAAUGAAUAUUUCAAAGUUGGCGACUACGAUGAAGCCCUACAAUGUUACAAUAACAGUAUAAAAUGUAAAAAGACAAUUCACAAUUUAAACAACAGAGCCGUCACUUAUUUUAAAUUGAAAAAUUACAACGAAGCGUUAAAAGAUUGCGAAGCUGUCCUAGCUUUGGACGGGCACAAUGAGAAAGCUUUACUGAGAAAAGCUGAAAUUUUAAAUUGUUUAGGAAAGCACCUAGAAGCAAAUGGAACAGUGAACUCUUUGAUAAGGGUCAAUCCCAAUAAUGUUAGAGCUCAAGAAUUGUCCAACAGUUUACAGGCAAAAUGCGUGGUAGAGAAAAAAAGACCUACACGUAUGGUUAUUGAAGAAGUAUCCGAUGAUGAAGAUGAUGAUUAAUAUAAUUAAUAUUAUUUUUAUGUUAUACCUAAUUGUUCAAUAAAAUUUUACCAAGA